AUGACGUUCUGGAGUGGUGCGCCACCUGAAUAUCAGGUGAGAGUUACACUGAAGCUCGAAUUUGUUCUUACGAGAUUGGGUUUACUGUGGCCCCUCCUACUAAUUCAUAACACAUAAUUCCCCAUCCAGGGAUAUGUUUCCGUGUCAUUUUUAUGAUGCCCACUUACACUCGAAAGUGGAGGAGCUUUGAGAGUUUAGAUGGCUGAAUCGAUAUCUUUCUCAUACAAAAAAAUUCCUCAUACAACUUGGCCGAUUUCUCACUCUAACGUUUUAUUUCUUUUCACAAUUUUAUCAAAAUCUUGCAGUGACUUAAAGAAGCUUUAACCUAAGACAACAAGUGGAAUCUGUCUGAUUGAUCCUAAUGGUGAACGAGGAUUACUACCUUCCACGUCACAUCUGACAUGAGUCACGACAGCGAGAACAGGACAUUGGUGGACGCAUAUGAAGCCGAGGGAUCCUACUCUCGCAACAUAUACUUCAUGGGGGCGAACAUCUCUCAACUAGUGAGUCUCAUCAACGUUUCCCAACAGUGUGAGCAGUUUAUCAAGUACGAGUGCCUCGAUUCUACAAUGCAUGAUGCUUUCUGGGUGUCACGUGAUUCAAUAGAACUAUUGGGGCGGAGCAGCUCUUGA